AGCACCGUACCGUACUGUACCGCACCGUACCGCACCGCGCCCGACGGGGCGGACCGCGCCGUGCCGUGCCGUGCCGUGCCUCGCAGUGCCGUGCCGGCGGCAGCGCGGAGUAGCGGUGCGCGACAUGCGGCGGCGGCACUGCCGGGCUGUCUGAGGAUGCGUCACCCCAUAACCCAGCCAUCAUCUCAGGGGUGCCGGGAACCCUCCUCAGCAUCCCUGUGCCACCCUGCAAGGCUCCAGACCUGACACCUCUGUGCCCUCCUCCAGCAGGAUGGCCCAGGCAGGGGGACCCGUCCGCUUUCACCCUGAGGAAUGCUGUGCUGCCUCACCACCGCUGUUCACUCGUGGGGUGGACCGGAGACCCUGGUUAGCGGGGGGGAGCCCCGAGGCUGGGAGGCACAGCCCUCCACGCUGUCUCACCCCCAACCUCAACGCUGGCCGCCUCCACCUCCUGCGCAAGGGCCUGGCCCCGGACGUCCGCCGCUGCCCCCUCGGCCUCUACAACAGCACCGGCUCCUUGGCCCGCAAGCCGGUGGAGGGGGCUCCCUUUGGCAAUGGGAGCUGCCUGGGCGCAGGGCGCAUGACAGCCCCCUGCACCCCGCAGCGGGGCCAGCCCAGCCCGGCGCUCUCUUCCCCGGGCAGCCGCAGCCCGCUGGUGGCAGCGGCCUCAGAGGGACACAGCUCCGUUGUUACGUUUCGCUUCAUUGAGAAGGCCAGCGUGCGGACCCUGGCGCUCUCCCAGCCCCGCUGGGACAACAGUCCCCACAGCCUCAGCCGCAGCCUGGAGCUCAGCAGGAACAUGGGGUCCCCCCAGACCCAGCCCCUACCCCAGGAGCGGCUCCUGUGCACGCUGAAGCUGGAGGCCUCCGCAUCUGACCCGCUCCUGGCUGGGGGCAGGACCCCGACGGGGACACAGCCCUGUGGGAAGGAGCCCUGCGCCCUCGACACCAACUGCCUCUGCCGCUCCCUCACCAACGGGCUGCCGGAGGACUUCCCCGGCUUCACCAGGAGCCCCCUGAAGCCAGACCCCCAACUGCAGGGCAAUGCCUGGCCUUACCCUCGGCAGAGUUCGGCCCAUGCCCAGCGCAUUGCCAGGGCCAAGUGGGAAUUCUUCUAUGGCUCCUCAGAUGCCCCGAAGACAGGCUCCUCUGCCCCUGACUCUGCUCCCCUGGCUGAGCCCCUCCAGAAGCCCUUCUGCUCGCUGCCUGCAGAGCCACCAGGGCCGGUGCCUGAGCACAGCCUGAGCCAUGUGGAGGUGGAGAUAGAGGUGUCUCCUACAGGCGGCCAGAACACCAGCUCCUGCGAGACUGGGAUUAUAAGGAGGACAGUGAAGUACUCUGAGACAGACCUGGAUACCGUGCCACUGAGGUGCUAUCGCGAAACCAACAUUGACGAUAUCCUGGCUGAGAAGGAGGAGGUGGAUUCAGCGAUUGAGAGCCAGAAGGACAGUGAGAGCAACCCAAGCUUCGGGGACACACCGGGCAGGAGAAACAGCACACCAGAGGAGCUCCCUGCCCCAGAUGCUGGCUGCCGAAAGGAUGAACUGCGGGACAGGGAUGUGGAUGAAGAUGAUGAAGUGUUUGAGGCAAUGAAGAAGGAGAAUAGGGAAAGGAUCAUGGACCGAGACACACAGGGUAUGCUCAAGUCUCCAGUGCCCUUCCUAGGGCACAGCCUCUCUAAGGAUGGUAUGGACUCUUUCAGCAAGCAUUUUGAGAGCAUCAUGGAGUCCCAUCGAGCCAAAGGCACAUCUUACACCAGCCUGGACUCCAUUGACAUCCUCUCCUCCCCAGCCCACACCCACGGGACCUUUUUCACCUUUGACCUCCCAACCCUCACUCCAGAAAUACAGGGACAGAUCCGAGACAGCGCCAAGCUGAUCGAGGAGAACUUUGCUCCUCUGGCUCACUUGGAGCCGGACUCUGGGACCAGUUCAGCCACAGAUGCGCCCUGGACAGAGAGGGAGGAGGAGCAGGGAAAACGAAGAAAGUGUGCUCGGCACAGCCCUUGCCGCUCAGACGACAGCUUUGGUAUUCCCUUGGCCUCCAACAUGAGUGACCAGCCAAUGAGCCAGCUGGUUUUGGACUCAGACUCAGAGAUGGACAGCGUGGAGCAGCUGGCCCUGGGCAGCACAGACACCCUCUCCAACGGGCACAAGGCUGAUCUGGAGGCCGCCAAGCGCCUGGCCAAGAGGCUCUACAACCUGGAUGGCUUUAAAAAAGCGGAUGUGGCCCGUCACUUGGGGAAGAAGUACGUCAACGAGUUCAGCAGGAUGGUGGCAGGGGAAUAUCUGAAGUUCUUUGUGUUCACAGGGAUGAGCCUGGACCAGGCCCUCAGGUCCUUUCUAAAGGAGCUGGCCUUGAUGGGAGAGACACAAGAGCGAGAGCGAGUGCUGGCUCAUUUUUCCCAGCGCUAUUACGAGUGCAACCCCAAUGCCAUCUCUUCAGAGGAUGGAGCCCACACCCUCACCUGCGCCCUGAUGCUGCUAAACACAGAUCUGCAUGGACACAACAUUGGAAAGAGAAUGUCCUGCUCCGACUUCAUUGGGAACUUGGAGGGACUCAAUGGAGGUACUGACUUCCCCAAGGAGCUGCUCAAGACACUGUACGGCUCCAUCAAGAAUGAGAAGCUGCAGUGGGCCAUAGAUGAAGAGGAGCUGAGAAAGUCCCUCUCGGAGCUGGCAGACCCCAACCCUAAGUCCAUCAAGCGCAUCAGCAGCUGCAGUAACCCCUUUCUGGACUUCUCCCAAGACUCCAGCAUCGCCACCUACAAGCAUGGACUGUUAGUGCGCAAGAUCCACGCUGAUCCGGACUGCAAGAAAACACCCCGAGGGAAGCGCGGCUGGAAGCCCUUCCACGCCAUCCUGAAGGGGAUGAUUCUCUACCUGCAGAAGGAGGAGUAUAAGCCAGGAAAGGCGCUGGCGGAAGAGGAGCUGAAGAACGCUAUUAGCAUCCAUCAUUCACUUGCCACGCGGGCAUCUGACUACAGCAAGCGACCCAAUGUCUUCUACCUCAGGACAGCUGACUGGAGAGUCUUCCUCUUCCAGGCACAGAACCCUGAACAGAUGCACUCAUGGAUCACACGCAUCAAUGUGGUGGCAGCCAUGUUCUCUGCACCUCCCUUUCCCGCAGCCAUUGGCUCCCAGAAGAAAUUCAGCCGCCCACUGCUGCCCAGCUCCUGCACCAGGCUGUCUCAGGAGGAGCAGGUGAAGAGCCAUGAGACCAAGUUCAAGACGAUGUCAGCAGAGCUGCUGGAGCAUCGCUCCUCACUGCCUGAGAAGAAGGUGAAGGGCAAGGAGUAUGAGGAGCUGAAGCAGAAGGAAGAGUAUCUGGAGUUUGAGAAAUCCCGCUAUGGCACCUAUGCCAUGCUGCUGCGAGCCAAGCUGAAGGCUGGCUCUGAGGACCUGGCAGCAUUCGAGUCCACCCUCUUUGACACAGCUGAUGGGGACGAUGAUGGCCUGAAAAAAUCUCGCUCCAGCCCCUCGCUCAAUGCAGAGUCCUCUGGCACGGCCACCAAGGUGAAGCGCAACGUCUCAGAGCGCACCAGCCGCCAGCCCCCUGGCCACCCCCAGAAGUUGUAAGUGAGGGGCAUCAGCCACCCGCGCUGCAGCUCGGUUCCUCCCCCACCCCGCGCCAGGGUGGAGGCCACGUACCUGCCGAGACCCUGCAUGAGUCCGUCUGUCUGCAGCACAAGCCAGGGGGUGACAGCCCUUCCCUGGCUGCCAGGACCAGCCAGGCAUAGCUGCAGCCCCUCCACCAGAGACAGUGGCAGAGCAGGACAGUCCCUGGUCCUUGCCUGCAGGAGUUGCCUGCAUCGUCAACCCCAUCAGACUUGUUCCUGCCCCUCCUUGUCCUGUGCUUGGCUGCAGGACCCAGUCCCCCCUGCCCUGGGGAGGGAGAACCACCAAACCCCACGCACUGGUCUCCAUUCUUCAGUGGUUAAAAAAAAAAAAGACAAAAAUGCAGCAAAACAAAGCCAGCGACCGCUUCUCCUUCAGCUCCGUUGUGCCAUAGGGGGCAGACAGGAGGGGGCCAGCCCUGGCCUGUCACCUCUCCUGGGGCUGGUGGCCAGAGGAGCCAGGGUGAUGGCACCUGGCCACCUCCUUGCCACCUCUGCACCCUCCCCGCUUUCUUACAACUUUUGAACGGUUUUUGUGAUACAGUUUUGCACUUUUUAGUACCAGAUUGAGCUGACCACGAGGGAGUUUUUCUGGGGGCUACUUUUGAUGCUUUUUGGGAACUGUUUUAAAAAAACAAAACCACAAACCCAGCCAUGUCCUGUAGGCACUGCAUUCUGGGGUGGGGAAGAGAUUUUUACAUGGACUUGGGGGGACAACUGCCUGCCCCCUGCAGCAAGUUGAGCAUGGGCUCCUGCGUGUGCUGCUGCCUGCAUCCCAGCCCCGCUUCGGCACCAGCAACCCUUCAAAGAGAGACAGCACCCAGGUGGUGGCCUUGGGAUAGCAGCACCCAUUGCUCCGUUCAUGGCUGAUUUGUGACCUGCCCCGCAGCAGCCUCAGCCAGCCCUGUUUAUGCUGCCUGGGUGUGAGCAUCGUACCCAAGGUGUGUUGGGCAGCAGUGUGUAAGUACUCCUGCGUGAGGGUGAGAGGUGAACCCCAAAACCAGGGUUGCCUGGGGUCUCUUUGCUGCCCUAUCAGACUGCCACAGCCUAGAGCUGGCUUUCCUUCCCAUGCUGCUUCUCCAAAGCAUGGCCAGGGCCUUGGAGGCAAAGCCCUGUCCGCAGCACUGUGAGGUCCUCAUGUUGCAUCAGUGGUGGUCUGGCACCUUCCUUGGCCGCAGGCUCCCUCCUCUCCAAGAUGAGGGGCAGGCUGGGGCAGCCCCACCACCCCAGCAGGGGCUGGAGGAUGCUUGUCCAGUGGUGGAACAUGGCCACAGAGUGCCCAGGGAGGAGUCUGGGGACAGCAGAAGGGCUGCAGGUGUAGGCUGUCAACAGGCUCUGUUCUCAGCUGCCUGGGACCUGGCUGGUUUCAGCACUGACUUUGCGAAUGUGUCAAAAUUUUUAUUCUGCUCUUUUGAGUCUAUUGAAAAAGAAAAAAAAAAAAAAAAAAAGGAGAAAUAAAAUAACACAGGAAAAAAAAAAUCCUCCCUGGCCCCAGGUGGCUUGGGGGGAGAAAAACCUUUGUACAGCUUCUUCUCUCAGUACUGAAGUAAAACUUGCUCUUCA